AUGAAGAUAGAGGUCCCAUAUGCUCAAGAGGGUGAGACAUCGCCCACCAGCCCAAAGUCCAGUUCCAAGGCUACCCCAGAGGUGAACGCAAUGACUACCUCGAAGAGCAGCCCAGAUACCAGUCCCAGCACCAGCACCAGCUCAAGCACUAUCGCGAGCUCUACCCCACCCCGAGUACCCUCUCACAUUACGGUCACUAUGUCCAUCGCCACCCCAGGGCAACUUACAGACCCCAACCUAACCAUGGAACACUCCACCUGCUCGGAUCCUGAGUCCGACUCCGAGUCUGACCCCGACUCUGACUCCGACUCUGAAGGUGAAUCAAUGCCCUUCGAAGUUCAGUUUGCAAGCCUCCUGAACCUUGGCUACCCAGGGGAGGAUUACUACUCGUCUCGCUAUUCCAUCCGACUUCCUUCUGGAUAUUGGCUGCCGAAUGAGAUCUCCCUUGAGCACGUCGUGGAAAACAUCCCCAUCAUCGGCUUUGUGAACGAAUACAACCAGCCGAUUCCAUCUCUCGAUGGCCCCGACAUCCACUUGACCCUGGCAAGCAUCGACACGAUCACCCGUAUCGGAGAGGAAAAUGACCAAACCGCCAUGCUGGAUCUGGGUCAAGUGUUCUACCUCCAUGGUACCCGCAAAGGCCAACUCAACGAUGCCUAUGCCUGGAUCGCCCUGAGAGGAAAUGAGGAAGACAAAUUUGCCAUGUCACGACGCGCGCGCAACCGCCUCGUCCCCAACUGGAAGUCCUUGAUCAAGAACUGGGAAGACUUUGAUGAAUGCAUCAUCGACACCUGCCAUGAACUUCGAAAGAUGGCUAUCAGGGGUAGUUCUCAGGCGAUUCACUGUGCUCAAGUCAUUUGUGCCGAGAAUGGCAUAGAUCUGGUCGGGGUCGAUAUCGGAGACCUCGUGACCGGCAAGGUCAAUGACAUUCACCCUGCGGCGAAGCUCCUUACGGCUCUCCAGAGAGUACUGGUCACUGCUUACGCGUUUGAGGACACCAUCGAGAAGAUGCAAGCGAUUGUGGACAACAUGGAAGUUUAA